AUGACCGCCGGAAAUAUUGGCGUUUGGCAGAAGAAACCUGGUGACACUUUGGCCCCCGGUGAUGUCCUGGUCGAGAUCGAAACAGACAAAGCUCAGAUGGACUUUGAGUUCCAAGAGGAGGGUGUUUUGGCGAAGGUUCUCAAGGCUUCAGGAGAGAAGGAUGUCGCAGUCGGAAAUCCGAUCGCCGUACUGGUUGAAGAGGGAACGGACGUUUCCGAGUUCGAAUCAUUCACCGUCGAGGAUGCGGGAGGCGAAAAAGCCCCCGCAAAAGAGGCACCAAAGGAAGAAGCCUCUGAAUCUACAGAAACACCAGAUUCUGGCUCAGGAACCGCGCCUCCCAGUGACGAGUCCGCCGCGCCGGCAGCAGUUGAGUCUGACUCAACAGGGGACAAGCUUCAGCCGGCCUUGGAUAGAGAGCCUACCAUCAGUCCGGCAGCUAAGAAGGCUGCCUUGGACAAAGGUGUUUCAUUGAAGUCUCUCAAGGGCACCGGUCCCGGUGGUCGCAUCACCUUGGAAGAUGUCGAGAAGGCCACAUCAGGUGCAGUUAGUUCCCCGGCUGCCGCUGGCACCACCGCAGGUCCAACAUAUGAGGAUAUCCCCGCCACCUCCAUGAGAAAGACAAUCGCCACCAGGCUGCAGCAAUCCAUGAACCAGAACCCACAUUACUUUGUGUCCACAACGUUGUCUGUCACCAAGCUACUUAAACUGCGAGAAGCACUCAACGCUACAUCUGAGGGCAAGUACAAGCUAUCUGUCAACGACUUCUUGAUCAAAGCUGUGGCAGUUGCCAGCAAGAAGGUUCCUACAGUGAACUCCAGCUGGAGGGAAUCGGGUGGUCAAACCGUUAUUCGUCAACACAAUGUGGUGGACGUGAGCGUUGCUGUGGCUACGCCUGUGGGCUUGAUGACUCCUAUCGUCAAGAAUGCUGACAGCAUCGGUCUCUCCACAAUUUCUGCUUCAGUCAAAGAGCUUGGAAAGCGAGCACGGGACGGCAAGCUCAAGCCCGAAGAGUACCAAGGUGGUACCAUCACGAUCAGCAACAUGGGAAUGAACGCCGCAGUAGAACGGUUUACGGCGGUGAUCAAUCCACCCCAAGCGGCGAUCCUCGCCGUCGGCACAACACGUAAAGUGGCGGUUCCAGUCGAGACCGAAGAAGGCACGGUGACCGAGUGGGAUGAUCAGAUCAUUGUGACCGGUAGCUUCGACCAUAAGGUUGUGGAUGGAGCUGUGGGGGGUGAAUGGAUCCGAGAGUUGAAGAAGGUAGUUGAGAAUCCUCUGGAAAUGCUGCUGUGA